AUGGAGAGUAUCUUUGAUAUAGGAAAACAGAAUACCGAUUAUGCCGAUUUAUUCAUCUUAGAUAAUAUAAAUACAAACACUGAUAUAGAAAUAAAGGGGAGGAAGAGAAGAUUCACAUACUCAGAUGCUGAUGCUGACGUUUUAUAUACAGAUCUAAUCAAUUUUAAGGAUAGCGAAGGACUUGGAAAUACGUCAAAGAGAUUACAUAAGUCAUCGAAAAACGAUAGAAGAAAUAGAAAAUCUAGAACUAAGAGUUCUAGUCAUUAUGAUAUGGAUUAUAGUAAAGGAAGCAAUUCAACAAUUGAAUCAGAGUUGGAAAUUCAACCAAUCCCAACCCCAGUAUCAAUAUCGUCACUAUCAACCAAUUCCUAUCACCAGCAAGACCAAGAUGAAUUGGCAAUCAUUACUGAAAAUUAUUCAAAGAUAAUAGAAGAGAAGAAUCAAAGAAUAUUAAAUUUAGAGAAGAGUAUCGAUGAGAUUUUGCAUGAGAAGAAGUUUUUAAAACAAUUACUUUUAGAAAACUUUGGUUACUUAAGGAGGACUUUAAAUGAGUCGAGGGAUCCAUAA